AUGGAAGAUAAGCUGGAGGACAUCAUCUUCGCGCAGCUAAAGAACGCAGACCCUGAUCAGUUGUUUGUUUCGCCACUCAAGCUGGCCAACUGGAACCUUUUCGCCCAGCUCCUUGGUUACAUGAGCGAACUCAACUUUGUGUCGGUGACGCAACGAUUCCUUGAGGAAAUCGAUUCAGCUCUGCAGGAACGUGGGCUCCGAAGCCCUACCACGGCAAGCGGACGUGACAACGAGGGCAAGCUGGAGGUCGUGCUUGGGGGCAUGAGGCAUCUGCGCAUCAGGAUCCUACCAGAGGAUGCCUGGGAACACUCUUGCGAUUUUCUUGUUCGGCUAGCUACUAUGCUCUGUGUAUCACCGCCAGAGAGUUUCGGGGUUCAGUGGGUUCAGCUUGUGAUGACGACCCAGACAAAAGUCAGAGAUCGAUCUACCAAGCCCCUCUGCCUCCAGGUCAUUUCUCGUCUAUUGUGGACGUACAUCUAUCGCAUCAACGAUACUCCACAGGGCGCUAUCCGGAAACUGGACGAGAUCUUGAAGCUGGUGCUGCCAACAUCCAGACGGAGCAUUGUCGCAUCCGACGCUGCUGUCACCGAACCUCUCAUCCAGAUCAUUCGAACCGUGGGGUUUCGGUACCCGGAGUACUGCUUUCGUCAGAUUAUCUUCCCUCUGAUCAACGCCGACCUCUUUGCGAAUACCAAAGACCUGAAAGUAGAGCAGCUUGACCCAGACCGUAUAGUGGUCGGAAUCCGGGCGUUCUUGUGUAUCAUGUCAGAUCUUGAAAAAGGGGAGCAGGGCCGGCCGCCAUUUCCACAACACUAUAACAGCAGUUCCGCUGACGUCCGAUCGCCAAAUGGUGCCCCGGUUGGUUCGAAGGAGGAUGCUAUCUCGAGGCCUGUACUCACUCAUGUUCUAUCUGACACCGUCAGAGACUACUAUCUCAAAUUUUGCGAUAUUCUGGGCAAGAUCACGAGGAUAUGUGACAAUACCUUCGGAGGCCAAGCAACGCUGGACGAGAAAUUUGGCAGUCCAGGGCCCAAAACGCCCAUUACGGACACAUUCAACUUCACGCGCCGUGAAGAUCAACAGAACACCCCAGAUCAGAAACAAGCUUUCUAUGAGCUUCUCCACGUCGCCGUGCAAGCCUUGCCUCGCUGCUUCUCAGAGGAUAUACCAUUCAACCCCCUGAUCAAUUUGCUAUGCACUGGCACUGCACACAUUCAAUUCAAUAUUGCAGAAUCGUCCGCAAACUCCCUGAAAGCUAUAGCACGCCACGCCCACGCGCAAGGUGUCAUCAUGGGGUUCUCAAGGUUCAUCUUCAAUUUUGACGAUCGAUACUCGACCAUGUCCGACGGCGGCAUGCUGGGGCCGGGUCAUAUUGAAAACACCCUGCGUUUGUAUGUUGAGCUGUUGCAGAUCUGGAUUGAUGAAAUCCGGCAGAAGAUGAAGGAUGCCGCAGCUGAGGUUCCUGGAGCGGGCACUUCGGACAAGCGUGCACUCAAGUUGGAUCUGUCCAGCAUCUGGGCUGAGGUAGAUCAGGCCGAAGCACAUGGCCUGUUCUUCUUGUGUUCCCAAUCAAGACGCGUGCGCUACUAUGCGAUCACUGUCUUGCGACUCAUUUCUGAAUUCGAUAAAGCCUUGGGGAAGGAAUCCUCUGGCGAGGACUCUGGCAGACUCAUCAACAUACUCGAGAACGACGCAGAUGAAGUCAUGAGUUUCAACGAAGACCAUCUGUCGGUGGCUGAGCGCAGUCGUCUGCACCGUGGACUCAAGAAUGCUGGCACCAACAGCACAGGAAGCAAGGGGGCUGUAGUGGAGCUUUGUAUCAGUGAUGUGUCCUACGACACAACGCUUUGGUUCAAAAUCUUCCCCAACCUUGUCCGCUUAGCGUACGAGAAAUGCCCCUUUACUGUGGCUAUAUGUCGGGACCUUGUGUGCGACCGGACUCUACAGAUGUACAAGACCAUUGUCCAUCUGUCUGAGCCAUCUCGUGGAUACUACUACGGCAGUGAAGCCGGAAGCGCGAGGACACCCGCUCGAUCACCCACUGCGCACCCCGAGGUUCUCAUUGAACAAUGGAAGCUGUACCUGAUUUUCGCCUGCGCUACGCUGGCCGAGACUGGCAGCAACACCACCUUUGGCAAAGACCAACAUGCCCGCAAAGACUCAAAGUCAAGUGGUGACAAGAUUGUUACAGCUCGGACGCUGUUCAAGUAUCUGUUCCCGCUCCUCUCGGCAUCAUCGGCGUCGAUCCGAGAAGCCAUUGUUGUUGCGAUAGGGUCCAUCAAUAGACACAUCUACAGAACACUCUUGGAGGAGCUACAGGCCCAGGUCACACGGCUGAACGAUGAUGCCAGGGCACGGAUUCACCAGCGUUCCAACAGCACACCCCCGCGUAAUCGCAAGUUGGAUCUCCUGAGGACCGAAAUUACCCAUGUGUUCAAGGUCACCUCUCAUUUCUUGAAGGAGCCCGAAUUCUACAACACGGAUUUCUUCUUGGGAACCCUGACUGCUUAUGCCAAAGAUCUGAAGCUCUUCUUGAUGGAUGGAGAUGUGCAGAUGGAUUGGGAAUUUCAGAAACUGCGACGACACUACUGCGGCCUCAUGGAGGUGCUCUUUGAGGCAAUCAACCGUACCAAGGAUCCCUCGCGAUGGAUGACUUUUGAAUCACGCAAAUCCGCUUUCUCUCUGAUGGAGGACUGGUGUGGCUUUUCGCCCAACCAUACGCAAAUCAGAGUUCGUGAGGAUACUAUGCGGCAAUCUGUCAUCGAGCAGCAGUCAACGGCUGAGCGAGGCAUGGUCACAGCUGCCAUGGAAAAGGAGAAGCGAGACCUACGCACGGCAGCCCUGAGCGCCAUGGCUGUUUUGUGUGGAGGACCAAUCGGCGUCACGACCGAGAGCGGUGUCACCCUGCAAUUCGAUGUGCGGCGUAUGCUCGCCUGGGUAGAGGCCAUUUUCAAUUCUGGCAGCGAUCGAAUGAACAUCAUCGGCCGGAAAGCACUCGAGAACCUCAUCGUGCAUAACCAAGAAUACCCUUAUCUUCUGGAGCAUUGCAUCGCGCGAUGCUACCUUGCCAGUGUACCCAAGGUUCUCGAGAGCUACUUUAUUGUUACCACCCUGGUACUCGAGAACUGUCCCAGCUACCCGUGCCCCUUUUGGAAGCUCCUGGGGCUUUUGUUGUACACCUUGGGGAACGAUCUGAGCGAUGUCCGAUCCAAAUCAUCGUCGGUGCUGAGAGCUCUCGAGGUCAAACAGCAGAGAAACUCCAGACUUCAGGACUUUGACAUCAGCAUCUCGGACAAGACGCAGGCCGUGUACAAGCUCGCGCAAUUCGAGAUUUCCCAGAGAUUGGCGACGCAGUACACUGAGCUUGCGUUCUACGUGUUCGCGGAGUUCACACUAUAUUUCAAGGACUUGCAGCCAGCCUCACAGAGAAACAUUGUAGCUGUCAUGCUACCAUGGAUACAGAGUGUCGAGCUUAAGGUGGACCCCAAUGGAGGCCCUGCGGCCGAGUCGUACGUCUUUCUGGCAAACCUCAUUGAGCUCACUAUCAAAUCCAGUGGCGCCUUGCACAACGAGGUACAGGCUUUGUGGCAAGCGGUUGCUACAGGCCCAUUCCCCGGCAACGUUCGUCUGGUGAUGGACUUUGUCAUCUCUUUGUGCUUAGAUCGACGUGAGCAGAACUUUGUCGAGUAUGCGAAGCAGAUCGUGGUGUUCCUGUCGACGACAAAUAGCCCCCCGGGUGUUAAGGUCAUUGAGUUUCUUCUCAUGCACAUUGACCCCCGGAGCAUGGUUCCUAACGAGAAAAGAGAGGCUGUCCCACCGCCAAGCGACGUGUCUCUCUUGCCGUACUGUGCGGAUCUUACGGAGGUACUGCCGGUCGGUACCAAACAAGCUGGGUUUUCUUUAGGGCAGCUGUCCAUGAUUUUGCUUGUCGAUUUGAUGGUGGCGCCAUUGCAGCUUCCAGAGGAAAAUGUGCCGCUACUGCUGCACGUUGUCACCGUACUGUGGGAUCACUACAUGCCCUUGGUGCAAGAGCAGGCCCGAGAGAUGGUGGUGCACUUGAUCCAUGAACUUGUUAUUUCAGCAAUGGAUGAUCGGACACCGCCUGCUCAGAAAGAGACCAUCCAGGACUUGAUUGACCGUGUCAGACGUCACGAUCGCACGGUUGUCUGGGGCUACGAAGACAGUAAUGGCAAGGUUGAUGAUCACGACAAUAAGGUCCCUCCGGGCAUGGAGUACUUGACCACUGAGCUUGCGAAAACCUUUGAACACACGUAUCCGAGAGUCAAGGAGCAAUGGAGCAAACUGUCACUGACCUGGGCAACAACGUGCCCUGUGAGGCACCUCGCAUGCCGGUCGUUCCAGGUGUUCCGGUGUGUGCUGACUUCGCUUGACCAAAAAAUGCUCGCGGACAUGUUGGCCAGGCUGUCGAACACGAUCGCAGAUGAAGAUCCCGAGAUACAAUUCUUCGCAAUGGAGAUUCUCACAACACUAAAGACGCUCAUCGACAAGCUUGAGCCUGAGCGGCUGAUCAACUUUCCGCAGCUAUUCUGGACGACGUGUGCGUGCCUGGACUCGAUCAACGAGCGCGAGUUCCUCGAAGCCGCUGAGAUGCUCAAUGUGUGGUUGGUCAAGGUCGACUUUCGCUCGACCAGUGUGCGACGCAUCCUCGCAGAUGGCCAGCCAGCCAAGUGGAACGGAUCGUACGAAGGAUUGCAACCGCUGUUGCACAAAGGUUUGAGGUCGUCACUGUGCUGGCAGCCCACGCUCGACAUCAUGGACAAGUUGGUGCAGCUCCCCGGUGAUGGGCUGAUUGGCGACGAUGACCGUCUCUUCUACUCAGUGUUGGCUAAUUUCCCGCGUUUCCUCGAAGAGCUCGACAAUGGAAUCCCCAACGAGCUCACGCUUCACACAGCGCACAUCUUAGCUGAGGAAGCUGGUCGGCAAGGCCUGGAGAUGAUAAGCAACACGCUUGGCGAAUACACCGCUGGCAAUUUCCGAAGCAGCGAUGAGUUCUUGGGGCAGAUGUUUGUGUCUAUUCGGGAGUACUAUCUGCCUCACCAUGACUUCAAGCUCAUCACAACGCUGGUCGGUCUGUUGACCAACUCGCUGUCUUGGGUCAAGGUGCAGACUAUGCGCAUUCUUUGUGUCACGCUCCCCGAGAUCGACAUGCGCAACCCAGAACUUGCUGGUCACGGGUCUGACCUGAUAUCGCCGCUGCUUCGGCUGCUGCAGACGGAAUUCUGCAUGGACGCUUUGAAGGUGCUGGACAAUAUCAUGACCAUGUCCGGAAGCCACAUGGACAAGCACCACCUGCGGAUGAGCAUGACAAGAUCGACUUCUCGAGCUGUCCGCAAAGAGUACGAACGUACACAGAGUCUCUUUGGCAUUCCGGAGGCAUCAGGAUGGGCAAUACCCAUUCCUGCAAAGAAGACGGAGCUGACGCGGUCCAACAUCCAUGCAGCGUUCUACAUGUGUCAAGGCGCCGAAGGGACCCCACCUGAAGCGACGCCAACUGCCGGCCUGGAGUUCGAAACAGAUGAUUUCCAGUACAGCUACUGGGAUGCCAGCAACGAGUCUCGAACAGCCACCAUGCUGUCCGAUGGCGGUAGAGACGAAGGACCCAUCAGUGACCUGGUCACCAAGCUCGACAGCCUAGACGAGUUCUUUGACGAGCCCCCGAGCCCGACUACGGAUGACGAUCGCGAAUCGUCGCGCACACUCACCGAAUUGACACCGGAAUCGUUCGAGUCGGGUGCGCAGUUGUACGACGAGCACAUCUUGCCAAUCCUUCGAGAGGCGACGGUCAACAAUACAGCGUUCCAGAACGGCUUUGCCGACCGCACCCACGUCAAUGCCAACACGAUGACUCCGGGUGCGUUUAGCGCUACUGUUGUGCCAGCGGCGCGCCCUGCCUUACACAACCGCUCCAUCACAUCGCCAUCCAUGCCUGCGUCGCAGCAGAUGUCCGUGGCAGAGGUCAUGUCUGACGAUGAGCACCUGAGUGGAGAAUUGUCGGAUGGAGACGACGAACGACCCGUGCGCAGCAAGCCCGGCAAGGUCGGCCCAGGCCUACAGGAGUCCGCGGUGAAGCCGCAAACACAAGCAUCACGCAGCACGCAGCGCCCAUUUGCCAGCAGGAGCAGGUCUAGAGAUAUUCCGCCGGUGCCGUCUCUGCCGACGGACAGAACGAUAUGCUUCUCCACGGCGAGCAAGGGGCCCAGUGUACCCUUGGUAUAUCCUGAGCCACCCAGUGCGCACCACAAUAGUCUCGAAUCGUUUCUCGCCUAUGCCGAACGCUGGCAACUCGACAGAGCCUCCACCGUGUACGUGGGCACACUCUACGAGUACAGCAUCGCCAAAUCGCUGGAGCGCUACGGCUUCCACCUGAGGCGCGUUGGCGGCGCGUCAGAUUACGGUAUCGACCUGCUGGGGGAGUGGAAGCCGCCCUCCACGUCCACCUCUCUUCGUGUCCUCAUCCAAUGUAAGGGCGGCGCGCAGCGCGUUGGACCGAAUCUCAUCCGCGAACUGGAGGGGGCCUUUGUCGGCGCGCCUGCUGGAUGGCGCGGUCAGGGCGUACUGGGGUUCAUGGUCGCGCAGAGGCCCGCGACGAAGGGCGUCCGUGACUCGCUUGGGAGGAGCAAAUGGCCCAUGGGCUAUUUGUUUUGCGAGGGGGAGGGCGAGGUGAAGCAGAUGAUUUGGAACCGGCGCGCAGAGGAGGAAGGCUUGGAGGGGUUCGGUGUCACGACGAGACACGUCGAAUCGAAAGGGGAGCCGGAGUUGGCGCUGAUGAAGCAAGGCAAGCUUUUGCCUCUGGUCACGACAAAUGGAUAA